CAACGACAUCAGAAGCCAGCGCUGGGUACCAGGAAGGCGAAUCACUGACUUCACCCAUGGAUUGCUCCUUUGCCGCGCUGCGGCCGCGGGAGUACGUCGCGCACAAAUUUGCCGCACCGCCACAUCUCGACGGCAACCUGCGCGAGGCGGCCUGGGAGCACGUGCCGUGGACAAGCGAUUUUGUUGACAUCUCGACGCCGACUCUGCCGUGGCUUCACACCCGCGCCAAACUUGCGUGGGACGACCGCUUCCUGUACGUCGGCGCCGAGCUGGAGGAUCCGCUCUGGGCGACGCUCCGGCGCCACGACGAGGUGAUCUUCCACGACAACGAUUUUGAGAUUUUUGUGGACGCGAACGCCACAACGCACGGCUACAAGGAGUUCGAGAUGAAUGCCUACAACGCCACGUGGGACCUCAUGCUCUCUCGCCCGUACGGCGACGGUGGCGGCGAGAUCUCCUGCCGGGUCUCGCCCGCGCCCUGCUUCGACAUGCAGCCUCCGCUCGCCUCUGCGGUCCAGCUGAACGGCUCCCUCAACCAGCCGGCCGGCCCUCCGGACGGCGGCUGGUCGGUCGAAGUGGCUCUUCCCCUCGACGGCCUGAUGGCGCACAACGCAGGCGCCGACCAGCGGCCGCGCGACGGGGUCUUCUGGCGCAUCAACUUCUCGCGCGUGCAGUGGGCCCUCAAGGUGGACCAGGCGACCGGGAGGUACGUCAAGGCGCCGGCGUGCCAGUCGUGCGCGCAGCCAGGCUCGGCGCACGAGGACAACUGGGUGUGGUCGCCUCAGGGCGAGGUUGCCAUGCACGAGCCCGAGACGUGGGCGAUCGUGCAGUUCGCAGAGGGAGGCGCCGCCGCCGCCGCGUCCCGGCCAGCCUACGACGAGUGGCCGGCGAGGGCGCUCGCGCGGGCGCUGUACCGGGCGCAGCGCUCACACCGUGCGCAGGCGGCGGCGGCAGCGGUGCGGUUGCACACAAGAGGGGCCGGUUUCGCCACGCCGCCGCCGCCCUACACCGCGGACUUGGCCGCCCUCGACCGGCUCGCGGAGCCGCCCGGCGUGCUCGCCGCCUGCGCGUCCGCGGCGACGCGCGUCGAUCUCGCGGCCGGAGGCGAGAGCUACACGGCGAGCGUCGGAAGUGUUGUCGGCCCCCGCAGCACUGUCGUGCAGGUCAACGACCAGCGCUUCACCACCGUAACGCGUCGCGCGGGGCGAGGGGCGGAGCUCACAGCCCUCGACGAACUGGUUUUGACCUGACCGUUUGCUUUUGUGUACACCGAGGACUAUCAACACAA